UCUACCUCAGAAGUCCCCGGUCUUUUGGAAGACAUCCUAUCCAAAACGUUGCGAGACGUAGUCUGCAGACCGCAGUUAGUAGGAAACAUGGUUCCGUCUAAGUUCUGCUUUCUCAGUCUCAAGGAUGUCGAUGGAGAAGGACAAGAGCCUGAGGAGCUGCCUAAAACGGCGACGGGAAAAGUAGAUAGGAAUGCCUUGAAAGGGAGGUAUUGGAACGGAGAAUUUGAUAGAAGAGUUUCUCAUGAUCGAGGUCAUGGCCAUUCAUCGGCAUCAGCAAGCUCGUCCACGACUUCAGAGGACUCAGAUUCAGAAGAUGUUAUAGAAGAUGUUCACAGAACAUCAAGCGGAAGCACAGGC